ACCAAGCACCACAGAGGCUCAGUUAUCAAGAUGGCGGCCGAUGGUCGAACUCGUGUUCGACUCUCGGUAGCUUCGCAGUUCUUUCAUAACGAUGAUGCAGAUAAUCCUGUGGCAUCAGGAGAGUAUUCUGCUGAGGACUCUACCUCCGAGAAGGUCAUUGAUUUACUCAAUCAAGCUCAGCUAGAAAAGGAAAACAAAUUGAAUUGUCUGAAACAGGUGCAAGAGUUCAUUGUCAAUAAAGACCCCACACUUCUGGAUAAUUUUUUGGAUGAAAUCUUAGUUUUCCAGCAAGACCGAUCAGCAGAUGUGCGUAGGUUUGUGGUUGGAUUUAUUGAGGAAGCAUGCAAAAAGGACAUUGAGCUGCUGAGCAAAGUGCAGAGCACUCUGGCAUUCAUGCUAAAUGAUGACAAUGUUGCUGUACAAAAAAGAGUCAUGUUGUGUGUGACACAGUUGUACAAAUAUGCUUUACAGUACAUCUGCAAGCACAAGGCAAUAUCAGAAGAGCUGGAACACAUGUGGGAGCUUCUCAUCACGAUCAAAGAACAGAUCAUAGACAUGCUGGAGUCUGACAAUGAUGGAAUCAGAACUCAUGCGAUAAAGUUUAUGGAGAUGCUUGUUCUUGUUCAGUCGCUCAAAACUCAGGAUUCAGAGUCACUGAAAAAAGGAGAGGCAGACAUCUCACUGGAAAUAGUCCCCAGAAAUCAUCCUUUAGUCAAAAUGACAGAGUUAAGAGAAGAAGGUGGAUCAACUCUGGAAUCUUUGCUUACUCUGAUUGCCUCUCAUACCAUCUCCAGUGUGAACCUGAUGGCUGCCCUUGGAUCUCUGUCAGCCAUAGCUCGUCAAAGACCUGCCUUUAUGGCGAUUGUUGUUCAGGCAUUUGAGUCUCUUCAUGCUAAUCUUCCCACUUCUCUGAGCAAAUCUCAAGUCAGCAGUGUGAGGAAAAAUCUCAAGCUUCAUCUGAUGAGUUUACUCAAGCAUCCAUCAUCUGUUGAGUUUCUCCCUCAGAUCACAACGCUCUUAACAGAUCUUGGAGCAUCACAAGCUGAGCUUCAAAAGAACAUGCCAAAAGUCAGUGCAGAGAAAAAACGGCCUGAACCAGAAGCUGUGGCCACAAAAAAACAAAAGCUCGAUAUUGAAGAGCUGGAGACAAUGUCCACUUCAGAUGCUGUUGAAAUGACAGCACAGGAUAUAAUCCCCAGACUCAACAAAGACACAGUAACAGACCUGGUGCUGGUUAGCAUGUUAGCCCUCCCAGACAGCCUUCCAUCCCACUUCCAUGACACAUACACUCCCAUUGCCGCAGCAGGCGGACAAGCUCAAGUCGUCCAUCUUGCUCGCCUGUUGGCAACUCAGAUGAAUGCUGCUAGGAUUGGAAAAGGAUAUGAGAGAAUGGAAGCCUUGAGAAAGCAAAGGAAGAAGCAACGAGGGAGUCAAAUAUGCGAAUGUAUUUCCUCUUACCAUAGUGCAGCCAGGAGUGGAGUAAGCCAGGAACAUAUCAGCCUCAUUGUUGGACUUGUUACUCAACUCGGUGGCGACUUAAAAAUGGUUCUUCAAGAGUUUAUUCUAGAAGAUAUCAGGCCUCGUUACGAACUGUUAAUGUCAUGGCUGUAUCAAGAAUACGGAGCAUCGGAAGGCACUGAAAUGCCGGGAGAAGAUAGCGAGUUACGACAAUCAUACAGCGAUUGUAUUCUCCAUCUGAUGGACGGAUUGUACGCCAAGCUGGACCCCAAAGACAAGUUGUUUUCUCGUAUUCUGCUGGACAUACCGUCACUAACAGACGGGGCUGUCAUGGCUGUCAGAAUGUACUGCGAAGAUUUGGAGCGUCUUCUAGUUGGAUUUUCUACCCUAAGGGAACUAAUCUUAAAACGACCAGCAACCCAGCAACAAUUGCUACAAACUCUUCUGGAGCUGACCACAAACGAGAAAGAACAGGUGCGGGUACAAGCCAUACACUCGGCUAAGAAACUUCACACGCGGCCGGAACUAGCGGAAUCCAUUGAGAAAUACGCGUUGAGUUCUUUACAACAGUUGUUAGCUGACCACCCGCCUGCCCCAGAGGGACUGGACCCUGAUAUAGAAGUGGCUCCUGGCGAGUGGACAGAUGACACGAUUAAACUUUGUCUUUAUUUAUAUCUUGCACUGCUUCCACAAAAUCAUAAACUAUUUCACGAAUUGGCUAAAGUGUACACAGCUUCCUCGCAGGUCAUAAAAAGAAUCAUUCUUAGACAUCUUGAACACCCUGUUCGUGCAAUCGGUAUGGCGUCACCUGAGCUCUUGCAGUUGGUAGAGAACUGUCCUACAGGCGCUGAAACACUUAUAGCUAGGAUUCUUAACAUUAUCACUGACAAAGCGGUACCCACAGCAGAGCUGGUUAAGCGAGUCAAGGAGCUCUACCACAAGCGUGUAUCAGACGUACGGUUCUUGAUCCCUGUACUCACUGGUCUGAAGAAACAGGAAAUCAUCGCUGUACUGCCUAAGCUGAUCAAGCAGUCACCCAGUGUGGUCAAGGAAGUGUUUAAUAGACUGCUGGGAUGCUUUCAUAGUGACUCGAAGGUAUCAGCCACCAGUCCCCUCAGUCCGUCUGAACUCCUGGUCGCUCUUCAUCAAAUCGAGGCUAAGAGUGACAUGAAGUCUGUUAUGAAAGCCAGCAGCCUGUGUUUCGCGGAGAAGACCAUUUACACUCAGGAGGUGUUAGCAGUGGUUCUUCAUCAGCUGAUGGAAAUGAAUCCUCUCCCUACCUUGUUCAUGAGAACGGUGAUCCAGUCUCUCAGCAUAUGUCCUCGACUGGUUGGCUUUGUCAUGAACAUACUUGCCAAAUUGAUCACCAAGCAGGUCUGGAAACAGCCCAAAGUUUGGCAGGGAUUUGUCAAGUGUUGUCAGAUGACCAAGCCCCAGUCCUUCUCGGUUCUUCUGCAACUUCCUUCUCGACAGCUGGAAAGCGUGUUUGAGAUAUGUCCAGAACUCAAAGAGAACCUGGUUGCGCAUGUUCAGUCGUUCACUCCUCACCAGCGAGCACAUAUUCCGAGAUCGCUUCUUCAGAUCUUAGAAAAGGACGGAAAAAAGGACGAGAAGAAACCUAAAGUGGAAAAACCAGACAAGGAACAGAUCGACCCUGAAGACGACGACGAGUCGACGAAAGACGACAGAUCUCCGAAGCAGACACGAUCGCACUCGAGAGAAUCGCUGAAAGACAAACGAAAGUCGCGCAGAUCACGCUCUCGCUCCAGGUCACCGCGGAAGAAACGGGAGAAAAGUGCUGGUGAGGAGAGUGCAAGUGAAGGAGAAAUAAACUGAAAGUCGAUGGAGGAAAGGUGGUUAGAUGGCAUGCGAAGUUGAGUUAACCUUGUCGUGCAGGAAGACUACGAAUACCUAAGUCAAGUUUUCCUGCAUCUCCAAGAAGAAACCGUGAUUCGCGGGGCGAGGAGAAUUCGUUGAAACCGAACUAUAGUGUGACCAGCCUUAGUAGAGAGACGUCAGUCUUCGCGUCAAUCUUUGCGUCACUUCACCAUCCCGCGUAUAAAUCUUAAAAUGCUUCCAUCUUCUUAACAGUCACUACUCUGGGGUCGCCAUAAAACCUCGCAAUUAACCCUUUGAAUACCAACCACGCAUGCGUAAUUAAUGGUCGUGCUCUUUGUACCACUUGUGACGUCAU